CUAAGGAUCCUGAAGAAUGGUUUGAGUCUCCACUAGCCCAAGACAUCCUUUAAGCACGGACUGAAACCAGUGAUGAUUUAUCAGAGACCCUACUUUGUUUUUCCCAUCACUAUUUUGAGAGCCAAAGGACCCUUAAAGAGCGAGCUUUUGUGGAAUCAACAACUUAGCGCGCGCACUCGCAUCGGCAAGGAUUAUGAUGUGAAGGUGCUGGCGGAAUACUCGGAGAUACAAUUGAGUACAGGACACAAACGCGAACGCACACGCUUCGAUUGUGGGCGCUGCCACGGGAAAACCAAGUUGAACCAGUGCCUACCGAAAAGAAAUUGAAAAAAAUAAUUGCUUAAACCGAUGAUUUUCCUUAUUCAACUUGCCAACUACUCGCCAUCUGAUGAAAGCCAAAAGCAAAUUUCAAUUUAAGCAAAAUCAAUACUGAAAAUCAACAAAUGAAAAUAUCAAAAGAGUGCGGCACAUAAUCUAAUUUACCAGCCAAAAACCCUCUUCGUAAAGCCCGCGUAAAACCAACUGCAGCCAUCGAAAUAACCCAGCUACAAGCGAUACAAAAUCAACAAAAAUUUUUCGAAUUAAUUUUGUUUGAUGCGCACGCUCAUAAAAAUUUACAUAGAAAGCGGCAUAAAAUAAAUAUAAAAUACACCCAACCGAAAAGAAAAAAAAACGCGAGCGACAAAAGUGAAUUGGUUAACCAUGGAAAAGGCGUAACUGGCAACUGCUGACCCGGGCCCUAUAACUUUAGAUGAGCGUGCCACUGUGCCACAAUUUUGGUUUACACCUGUCGAAGCUGCCACUCCCACGAGGAACUUUUUCUACCAUAACAAUACCAAAAACCACUAUUUGCCCCACAACAAGAGGAAAAACCAAAAAAAGAACAACAACCAAACAUCGGUGAUAUGGAACUGUGCAUAGCAACAAAGUCAAAACAACAAGAAGAAGAAACCGCUCAGAGUUCAAUGCAGCAAAUGCAGCAAAGCAAAUGCAACAGCAACAGCAACAGCAGCAACUACUAUCAAAAGAAAUGCCACCAAAAUCAAACGAAUACUCAAGUACAGAGCACUCAGCAAAGCAAUUGCAACAGCAGCCACAGAGAUCGAGAUCGAGACCACCUGACAAAGCAGCAACAAAACCAACGAACAAAUAGUGCAACAGCAACAUCAUCAAGUUGCAACAUCCACACCAGCAGCAGCAGCAGCAGCAGCACUUGCAACAUCAAGAGUAAAAACAUUAGGAGACCCAGCAGAGGCACACAAUUAAACACACUCUAUUCGCUGCUGGUGCUUUUGAUAGUCGGCCUUGCCACAGUUGCAGUUACGGCUAGGGCCACCCCCCACCCAGGUGCCACCCCCUUUUCCCGCGAGAGCAGGCGCGAUGCUCUUUUGGCCUACUACAAGCGCAGCUUUUCCAACAACAUUUCCCCGGGGCACCAGGAGCAGCAGCAGUACCAUCAGUACCAGUUCCACCUGCAUCGCGAUGCCAACGGCCUUGACUUUGACGAGCUAACGCCCACCGCCAGCAGCGUGUCCGUCCUCAGUCGGGCGGAGCGUUUUCGAUUGCGUAAGCGCAGUGCCACGCCCACAACGCCAGCAACUGCAACGGCAGCAGCAGCAGCAACAUCGCCAGUUGCACAUGCACCUGCAACAGCAACAGCAACAGCAACAUCGACGACGGCGACGGCUAGCGGCAAAAAAACGGAGGAGAAAUGCGAGCCAAGAGUCCUGGAAACGCUGCCAGAUGAGCCGUUUUACGACUACACAGACAUUGCCGAGGAUGCUGCACGCCAGUUUAUUGAAUUUUUAUCGAGUAAAUUCCCAAAUGCCAACACUCCGAUUACCAUCGAUGAGGCGACACGUGCGGAGGUGAGUCGCCGGGCGAAUGGAAUCGCCAGCUACGCCCUCAACGAGGACGACAAUCUCCUGGCCUUCGCCAUCGCAGCGCCCAGCAUUCACACGGUGGUCGUUAAAUUCAGGGAUAACGUUACGAUACCACCGGAUCAGGUGCACAAUAAGGCGUACUUGGGUUCCUACUGGCGGGAGUUGGGUGCGGCCUGGAACAGCACGGACGGCACCCAGGAAUGGGGGGCUCCCUUCCGCGACUGCAACCUGUUGACGCGUCGCUGGCUUUGGCCAUUUCGCAUAUCCUUUAGCGAGCACAGGAUCAAAGUUGUGGCGGCCGCUUUUAUUGCCGCCGACGAGGAUGUGUGCAACGAUGGCUUAGAGGAAGUUUUCGGUCGUCGUCAUGGCUGCGAUCGGAAUACGACUUUCUGCCUGCUCACCGAGAACAAACCCGCCGCCACCAGGGAUGUGUACACCUGUCUGUGCCGGGAGUCCUACUACCUGCCCAACUCCACGCUCCAGGGAUUCCGCGGGGAUCGGGUGGAGCUGUCCGAGGGCUACGACAACUACUCGUGCGUCCCGUGUCCCGGUGGAUGCUCCAACUGCGAUAACAACGGGGUCUGCCUCACCUUCCAGGAGGAGGAGGUGCUCAACGUGGACGCCUGCCUGCGCCUCCUGGUGGCCAUCGUCCUGGGCGCCUGCAUCCUCUGCUGCGUCGUCCUCGGCGUGAUUGUCUUCCGGCAGAGAAAGUGCAAGGCCAUUGCCUCAGGCAUGUGGACUGUGCUGGAGACGAUACUGCUGGGCAUUGUUUUACUUUAUGCAUCUGUUGCCGUCCAUUUCUUUCCCGCCUCCACCGAGCGCUGCCUUCUGGAGCCGUGGCUCCGGGAACUGGGCUUCAUCACCUGCUACGGCGCCAUCAUCCUGAAGCUGUACCGCCACCUGGUGGACUUCCGCACCCGCAAGGCUCAUCGGUGGGUGCUGAGGGACGUGGACCUGCUCAAGUAUCUGGGCACCAUGGUCUUCGCCGUCAUCUGCUACAUGGCCGCCUUCACGGCCUCGUCGCUGGACCUCCUGGAAAGCGCCCAGCUGGAGAGCCUCCGGGAGGCGGACACGAACACCUGCCAUCCGCUCAAGUGGGAGCUGGUCACGCAGACCAGCGAGAUGCUCAUCCUGUGCUUCGGACUGCACCUGUCCAUCGCCAGCCGGAAUGCCAACACCCAGUUCCGGGAACGGCAAUUUCUGGUGACCGCCCUGACGCUGGAGUUCCUGGUCUCGUCGAGCUUCUACUUUCUGCGCUUUGUAUACCUGCCGGAAAUGAGUCCCAGCGCCAUUUUGCUGGCCCUGUUCAUCCGCUCCCAACUGACGAACAGCUUCGCCUUGGGUCUGAUAUUUGUGCCAAAGUUGUGGUAUCAACACAAACAGGUUCGUUCGCUAGCGUAUGAUCUAUCAAUACGUUUACCUGUGGAUGCUUUCAAGGGUACGUCACACGACGCCGGCCAGCGGCUGGGCGGAGGAUAUGCCGGGCUCUGUCUGGGCGAUCCGGACAUCGGGGAGCUGACCAUAUCCGAAAUGAGUCCCGAGGACAUACGCGCCGAACUCAAAAGACUGUACACGCAACUGGAGAUUAUGAAGAACAAGACUCUCAGGCAGGAUAAUCCGCACAUCAGCAAGCGACGCGGCGGACGCAAGGCGGGUCACCGCCGCUUCUCCCUGCAGAAAAAGGGCAGCAAGGAUAAGGCUCUAAGUGCCAAACACCGCAGCAACAAGCAUCAUCAGGAUAUUGAGAUCACCGAGGCGGAACCUUCCCGAACGCCCGAGGAUUCAGUUUGCAGUGCCGAAGGACCCACGGACACCUAUGCGGAAAUAUCGGGCGUAUCCCACUCAAUGCUCUCCCACUCGAUGGUCUCCCACUCCGUUGUCUCGCACUCAAAGUAAGGAACAGGAACUGGAACCCCAACUAAGAAGACCGAUUCGCAAGAUCCCUAGGGAUAAGCUAGCCGAUAUUCCAGCGAUCAAAGAUAUUUGUAUAUAAGUAUUUAACGG